AAUGUAAAAUAUAGUUUGAGAUUUAUAAUAUCAUUUCUCGACAGCGAGCACUCGUAUAAACAUAUAUCUUAUUGAAGGUAUACAAAACUUGGAAGCUUCAACCAUGAAUAUAUUACUUAUAGCAUUAAGUUUUUCGUUGAUCUGUUAUUCAAACGGAACUGAGGAAGAAAAUAUUUUAAACAGAAAAUUCAUGGACUUGGAAGCAUUACCGUUGGAAAAAUUGUUGGAAAUGAAAAAAGAACUGAGGAAAAAAAAUUGUCCAGCAGUACGGCGAAUGACCAUGGCAACAGAGACGGCGGAACAGAAUGCGGCCGCGCCGAAUGCCAUGGCCUUGCGGCGGCUGGCCGUCUCUCCAGGACCAUCGGCCGACAGUUCGGUGCAGACUGCUUUCCAAAUGUCGCUCACUAUCCUCUCGUUCCUAGCAUUCGGCGGCUACGUCAUCACCAUGGUUGCGCAGAACAUGCGUACGUCUCAUCGCAAUGGUGGCGUCGGCAUGACAGCGCCACUACCGCUUAAGACCGUUGUGGUUAACCAGUACAAACAGCCAGCCGUGUCGAGACCGACCGGCACCCUGACCACAGUAAGUUUCGGACGACGCAAACGGAGUUGGAGGUUUCUUUGAACGAUUUCUUUUUCGACGUUGUUCUUUGUUCACUUUCACCAUUGUCCUUUAUUUUCUUUCCCUUCGUCGUCCUUAACUUCACAUAUUCGUUUUCUAAUAUUAUACCCAUCGUACUGCAAUCAUCAUGCAGACGCAAGACCUGCCACAUUUCUAGAUUCCUUGAGUACGACUUUCGACGCGUUUUUCAACAAAAUUUCAGUACUGUUCGAAAAUAUCUCCAAUAACAUCGAAAUUACGAGUUUGAUACAAACAUGAAAUGUUUUAUUCUCAAAUAAAUUAUCCAAUAUUUAUUAUUCUGUUACUGUACCGUCUAGCUAUUUAAUGAUACGAUUUGAAUAUACAGGAUGGGAUUGAUAUAAUACAUCUACUUUUUUUUUUUUUGGAUCACUGAAUGAAUCUGGUUUUCGAGAAUCCGAGAAAAUGUUUCCUACAUUGAAGUGAUGAUAAGCCCCCCCCCCCAUAUUCAUGCCUUCAUUAAUAUAUUAUAUAGAAAACAUAUGUAACAGACAACGCAUCUAAUUACCUACAUUAAAUGUUUUUUUUUUUUUAAAUACAUACGACCUUAUAAUAUUGAGCGGCCAUACGUGAUGGU